AGUACCUUUUCCAAUAUAUAUUAGCCUUUCGUUUCCCAUUUGAAAACAUAAUUGUCAGGGUUUCGGCAAUAAGGGGAACAGCAGACUCUGUCAGAACUUUUUCAUCAUAAAGCUUUUAAGUGGUAAGAUGGCCAAUAACUGGUGUACUCGAGUGGUGCUGUUUCUUGUUCUAGCGCGGUUUCAGGCUAUGAUCAGGAUGUGUAAAGGGAAUGAGGAUAACACCCCUUGGGAAAGCAACAAACUUUUGAUUGGCAAAUCUUGGGGCCUUCCGCUUGAACUAAAAUGUGAAGACAUCGAGUCCCCACGCAUCAAGGUCAGCGGCAUAACGCUCGCUCGCAAAGCCAAUACCAUAACAGCCGAAAAUGAAUACCCUGGAAUAGAGAUCAAGGCACAGAAAAACUGCGACCGAACUCUCCGCAUGCCCACGGGAUCUCGUCCCGCGGGAUGCACGAUUGAUCUUCCUGAACUGGGUGUACCGAAUGAUGUGAUGGUGAUUACUGUGUUCUGGUGUUACUCGAAAGCUGCUUCUUCUGAAGCUGCGGCUAAGGACCGAAUCGCUUCGUCUAAAAGUGGUGAUGUUACAAUCAAGUGUAACUCCAGAGACCUCAUUAGCAUUCAGGAUAUCCAGAUAGACAAUGAACCAGUGUCGGACUUCAAUUUACUGAAAAAAAGAUGCCUCGACGAAAUGAUGAAGUCAAUAUUACCGCAAAACAAGAAACGCAACAAACCAGAAUGGGCUUCGUGCUCCAUCAAGAGAAAAGGAAGACAAGGGGACCUCAAAGUGAAGUACAGCUGUGACAGCCCACCUGCGCAUGCGCAUCAUGUGAGUGAGCCACASCCUCCUAUGUAUCCCAUGCCUCCGAGUUAAGCGACUGAAAACAAAAUGGCGGAAAUUGAUAUAUUGAAGAGAUCCCAAUAGUAAAGUCUACAGAACUACAAUGGUUCUCUUAGGGAACCCGAUGUUAGUUCUUUAGUUAGUUAAAAUGCAUUUUGGAAAGCAUUAAGAUAAACUAAAGUAAACGAAUGAGAAUAUUUAAAAAUAUAUGUCUUUGAACAAAUGAUAUUUCUCAAACAAAACAGUAAACCAUAAUACAAGGCAAGAAAAAAGACGACCAUGGUUAUUUUAGCUUCAUUUUUGGCUACGAAAUAACCACGGUAAGAAAAAAGACGACCAUGGUUAUUUUAGCUUCAUUUUUGGCUCAUAAAAAAUACUUAUUUUACUGAGUCUUUCCCGUGUGAUUCGGGAUGCUUUCUCGCAAGUUUCUACAGUUUUCCUUUCUCCGCAACACCCUAUAACGAUACCUUAACUUUAAAAUCUGCUAAGAGAUUGUUUCAUAGUUCGAUAAAAUAAAAUACAGGGAUAUUUGAGGUUAAAA